UGCUAUUGUGAAAAAGAAUAUGGCUAGAAAUUCCAUUACGGCUUUAAAACUCCAAAAUGGGAUUUCUACCACUUCUAUUGACCAAGUUGCUACGGAAUUAGUGAAUUUUUAUACUAAUUUGUUUGGUGCCUACUACCCCACUUCCGGGUUGGACCCCUCUGUGGUGGCCUCGGGUAGGUGUUUACCCGCCAAUGCCACUCCUGGCUUGGUUGCUCCUAUCACCGACUUGGAAAUCAAGGAGGCCUUGUUUGAUAUUGGUGAUAACAAAUCACCGGGGCCGGACGGUUAGACAUCCGCAUUUUUUAAAAAAAAUUGGAACACCGUUGGUUUUGACUUUACUAGAGCCGUGAGGGGCUUCUUUGGCUCUGGCAGGUUAUUAAAGCAAACUAACCAUACGGUUAUUGCUUUAAUUCCUAAGACCAAUCACUCUCCCACACCGGCGGACUUUAGACCAAUUGCUUGUACUAAUGUGGUUUACAAAGUCAUUACCAAAAUUAUUUCUAAGAGAAUGAUCCCGUGUCUACCGGACCUCAUUGACCACGCCCAAGGGGCGUUUGUUGAUGGAAGACUUAUGAUUGAUAAUGUCUUCGUUGCACAAGAACUGAUCAAGGGAUACUCUAGGAAACGUGCAUCUCCUAGAUGUAUGAUAAAGGUUGAUCUCCGGAAAGCCUAUGAUACUAUAUCCUGGGAUUUCCUGGCUGCCAUGUUAACCCAUUUGGGCUUCCCGGGCAGAUUUAUACAUUGGAUUAUGGAGUGUGUCACCACACCUUCCUAUUCCAUAUCUAUUAAUGGGGUGCUUCACGGCCACUUUGAGGGUAAGAGAGGGCUUCGGCAAGGGGAUCCUAUGUCCCCCCUCUUAUUUGUCCUUUGCUUGGAAUAUUUUUCCAGAUUGUUGAACAUUAGGACCAAAAAUCCUAUGUUUAACCACCACCCCCUGUGUGGAUCCCUUAACAUAUCACAUGUGGCUUAUGCUGAUGAUUUGAUGCUUUUUUCUAGAGGGGAUACCACAUCUAUACAGAUUCUCACACAAGCCUUGGAAGAUUUUGGUAACCUAUCUGGCCUUAGGGUCAACUACGAUAAAUCAAAUAUCUUCCUUGGUGGUAAUGCAUAUUAUGAGCUUGACACUAUACUAGAACUGGUGGAUUUCAAAAUUGGUGCAUUCCCGGUCAAAUACCUAGGGGUCCCCCUGGCACCCUUAAGGUUAUCUGUGGCCCAGUAUGCACCACUUUUGGAGUCCAUAACUACUUUCAUUAAUGCUUGGAGUACUAAGUCUUUAUCUUAUGCAGGCAGAGUUGAGCUGAUAAAGUCCGUUAUACAGGGAGUGCACUCUUUUUGGUUACACAUGUUUCCCAUCCCUAAUGUUAUUCUUGAUAGGAUUACAUCCAUUUGUCGCAUUUUUCUUUGGGGAAGCAAAUUCGCUAGGGUUGCCUGGGCUGAUAUUUGUCUCCCUAAAGAAGAGGGUGGACUUGGCAUACAUGACACAAAAGUUUGGAAUAAGGCUUUACUUUCAAAAACUUUUUGGGAUAUACAUACAAAAAAGGACACACUUUGGGUCAAGUGGGUCCAUGGGGUUUAUCUCAAGGGUAGGUGUGUGUGGGAGUUUGUCCCACACGAAAGAGAUUCACAAUUGUUUAAAAAAAUUGCACAAAUCCGAGAUGAAAUACUCUCCAAAUUCCAGGACAUCCCGAGUGCUAUACUUGGCUUAAAUGCUUUUCAGAUGAAUGGUAAGCUUGUAUCCUCCAAAGUUUAUGAUUUGCUUAGGCCUAGGGCUGCCACCCGUGUGUGGAUGCCGUUUAUUUGGAAAGAUUACAUCCCUCCCAAGUUUUCCUUUGUUACUUGGCUGGCAUUCCGUAACAGAUUAGCCACGUGUGAUAAUCUUCAUAGAUUAGAUGUGGAUAAUACUUGUGUAUUGUGCAAGGGUGGACCGGAAACGGUUCCACACCUCUACUUUGAAUGCCCUUUUUCAGGAAAAGUUUGGGCUAUGAUGAAAGCAUGGAUUGGCAUUCCACGAAUGAUGGGGACCCUAGCUAGUGCGGUCAAAUGGAUCAAGAAGGAAAGGAGUGGAGCUAAUGUACGAGCCAAGGCCGCCAGGAUUGCUUUCUUGUGCACCAUAUACUCGCUUUGGAGAGUCAGGAAUGCAGCUCGAUUUGAUGAUUUUUUGCCAAAGGAGGAGGAAGUUUUUGCCAGGAUACAAUAUGUUGUCUAUAAAAUUCUGUAUUGCAUCUAUCCUUAUGAUUUGGUAGUACUUUGAUAACUUUCCGCCCAUCACCUAUUUUUGUUUGUGAUAGGCCGUGAGGUAGUAUAGGGGGGGCUGCCAUGGCACCCUUAUUUUGGCAGGUGAUGGGUUAUCCAAUCUUUGGAUAGCCUACAGUUUUGCUCAUAUUUUUUGCUGUACAGACGAACUAUUGACGGUUUUUUCUAAUAUACUUACAUGUUAUCGUCGAGUUGCAAUGGG